GUCCCACCGGAGACCCCCGGGCCGGGCCCGGUCCGGAGCAGGCCCCGCCGCCGUUGCUAGGGCGGAGCGCCGCGUUGCUAGGGGGCGUGUCCGAGCGGGCGCGAUCCUCUCGCGAGAUCUUCUCUGCCGUUGCCUGGAGACUGCGGCGCCGGCGGCAGCCGCCAUGGCACCCAAAAAGAAUGCCGGGAAAAAAGCGGCAGCGAGCAAAGGUCCAGCAGUGAAGGAUGUCUUGGCACCAGAGGACAUGAGCAAAGGGGAGCUGGAGAACCACGUUCUGCGUCUCCGGGAGGAGCUGGACCGGGAGCGGGAAGAGCGCAACUACUUCCAGCUGGAGCGGGACAAGAUGCACACCUUGUGGGACAUCACCCGCCAGCAGCUGGAGGAGAAGAAAGCUGAGCUGCGGAACAAGGACCGCCAGAUGGAGGAGGCAGAGGAGCGGCACCAAGUGGAGAUCAAGGUUUACAAGCAGAAGGUGAAGCACUUGCUGUACGAACACCAGGAAAACCUCACUGAGGCGAAGGUAGGGGGCAUGCUGUCCAUGAAGCUGGCCCAGAAGGAUCACUGGGCCCAGGAGAUGGAGAUGCAGAAAGAGAAGUGCUCCUUGAAAGCGGAGCUGAAGGAGCAGGAGCUGGCCAACGAGAUGGCAGUGAAAAACCAGCACCUGAAACAAGAGCAGGAGAUCAGUCGGCUGUGCAACGACUUUGAGAGACAAGUGAGAGAGAUCGAGGCCAGGUACGGUGAGAAGAUGCAUGUGCUGCGGAACGAGCUUGACUUGCGGAGGAAGACUGAGAUCCAUGAGGUGGAGGAGAGGAAGAACAGCCACAUCAGUCAGCUGAUGAGGAACCACGAGAAGGCCUUCAAUGACAUGAAGAACUACUACAACGACAUCACCCUUAAAAACAUGGAUCUCAUCAGCCAGCUGAAGGAGCAGAUCGAGGACUUGCAGAUUAGAACAGAUCGCUUGGAAAGGGAGAAGGCAGAUGCACUGCUCCAGAACAAGCAGCUGAAUGAAUCACUGCAGCAGGCCCAGGAGCAUAUCUUUGACAUGGAGAAGAAGCUGGUCCGCUAUGACAAGGACAAGGAGGCCCUAACGAAUGCAAAAGCCCAUUUGAAAACCACCCAGAAGGAAUGGAAGGAUCUUCAGUGGGAACAUGAGGUGCUGAAGCAGAGAUUCAAGAAGGUACAAGUGGAGCGAGAUGAGCUCUACCAGAAGUUCACCAAAGCCAUUCACGAGGUGCAGCAGAAGACGGGGUUCAAGAACCUGCUCCUGGAGCGCAAGCUGACGGGACUGCUUGAAGUCCUGGAGAAAAAGGAAGUGGAGCUCAGCCAGGUCUUUGCUGCCUCCAAGCUCGAUGAGGGUGCCCUCACCCUGGUCUCGCACAAGCUGGAGGACGUGCUCAACUCCAAGAAUGCCACCAUCAAGGACCUGCAGCUGCAGCUGGCACGGGUCUGCAAGGCACACAAUGACUUGCUGCAGACAUUUGAGGCAAAGCUGACAGCCUUUGGGAUCCCUCUGGACAAUCUGGGCUUCAAGCCCCUGGAAAACCCCAUGCUGGGGCAGGGCCCUGCAGGACUUGUUGCUGUACCCAUCUGAUGCCAGCCUGCACAAGGGACCUACCAGAGCCAGGCCGGAGUGGGGAGGAGGGACCCCCCUCCAUGUCCCCUUAUUGCUGGACUCCCUGGUUGUGCUGUCCUGGUGCUCUCCUCCUCUCCCCUCCAGAAUUCAGGAAAGCAACUAUUUUUGGAGACA